UGCAGCAGAGCCGCGAAUACCGGAAGCCUCUGUCGUGAGGAGAGGGCUGUACCUCGCCGGGGAUGCUAUGGGCCGCAGGAGGGCGCCGGGUAGCGCCUCUCUGGGCCGGGCCCUUAUCCGCCACCAGAGUCAGCGGAGCCGUAGCCGCCGUCACACUGACUCCUGGUUGCACACAAGCGAACUCAACGAUGGCUAUGACUGGGGCCGUCUCAACCUGCAGUCGGUGACUGAACAGAGCUCCCUCGAUGACUUUCUCGCAACUGCGGAACUCGCGGGAACAGAGUUCAUAGCUGAGAAGCUAAAUAUUAAGUUUGUGGACCCUGGGGCCCGAACUGGACUGCUGUCUUUUGAGGAGAGCCAGAGAAUUCAGAAGCUUCAUGAAGAAAACAGACAGUUCUUGAGCAUUCCGCGGAGGCCAGUCUGGGACAAAAAAACUAGUCCAGAAGAACUCAGAGAGGCGGAGAAAGAUAACUUCCUGAAAUGGAGACGCCAGCUCGUCCGGCUAGAAGAGGAGCAGAAGUUGCUACUGACUCCAUUUGAGCGAAAUUUGGACUUUUGGCGUCAGCUCUGGAGGGUCAUUGAGAGAAGUGAUAUUGUGGUCCAGAUAGUAGAUGCUCGGAACCCGCUCCUGUUUCGCUGUGAGGAUUUGGAACGUUACGUGAAGGAGCUGGACGCCGACAAGGAGAACGUCCUCCUGAUCAACAAGGCGGACCUGCUGACCGCCGAGCAGCGCCGCGCCUGGGCUGCUUACUUUGAACAGGAAGGCGUGCAGGUUAUUUUCUGGUCGGCUUUGACUGGAGCCGCCCAGCCCAGUGGGAACUCUGAGGAGCCAGGGAACCCUGACACUGGGGAAGCCAGCACAGCCGAGUCUGAAGACUCCAGCUCUGAGGAAGGCACCGCUCCUCACCCACACAGUGAAGCUGCCACUAGCGGCGAGGACAGCGACAGUGGCAGUGAUAGCAACUAUGAGGACUGCUGGGAGGAGGAGGAGGAGGACUGGCAGACGUGCUCAGAGGAAGACAGCGGCGCUGAGGAGAACUGUCCUGCAGACCUGGGGGCCAAGGGCACAGAAGCCCUGCAGACGAGGCCUUGCAACCUCAGCCACCUGGUGUCCAAGCGGGAGCUGCUGGAGCUCUUGAAGCGGCUGCACACCGGGAGGAGGGUGAAGGUCGGGCAGCUCACCGUGGGCCUGGUGGGCUACCCUAACGUCGGCAAGAGCUCCACCAUCAACACCAUCAUGGGCAACAAGAAAGUGUCAGUGUCCGCCACACCCGGCCACACCAAACACUUCCAGACCCUUUACGUGGAGCCUGGCCUCUGCCUGUGUGACUGCCCCGGGCUGGUGAUGCCGUCCUUCGUGUCCACCAAGGCAGAGAUGACCUGCAGCGGAAUCCUGCCAAUCGACCAGAUGCGAGACCACGUCCCUCCAGUAUCACUUGUGUGCCAGAACAUUCCACGGCGGGUCCUGGAAGCCACCUACGGCAUCAGCAUCGUGAAACCCAGGGAAGACGAAGAUCCUCACCGACCUCCAACCUCAGAAGAGUUGCUGAUGGCUUAUGGAUACAUGCGCGGGUUCAUGACGGCGCACGGCCAGCCAGACCAGCCUCGCUCUGCGCGCUACAUCCUGAAGGACUACGUCAGGGGUAAACUGCUGCACUGCCACCCCCCUCCCGGGACAGACCCCGUGACGUUUCAGUAUCAGCACCAGCAACCCCUGGAGAACAGGAUGAACGGUGAAGAAACAAAAACGCAGCCAAGUAGAAACAGAAAAGGGAGACAGAUUGAAAACGUAGUUGACAAAACAUUUUUCCAUCAAGAGAACGUGAGGGCCCUGACGAGAGGGGUGCAGGCCAUGAUGGGGUACCAGCCCGGCAGCGGCCUGGUGUCCGCAGCUACUGUGAGCACCGAGAACGUGGCUGGGAAGCCCUGGAAAAAACACGGCAACAGGAACAAAAAGGAGAAAAGCCGCAGACUCUACAAGCACCUGGACAUGUGACCUGAGGCUGUGCUGGAGGCGGGGGUGGCUCAGUGCUGCCGGGCCGAGGACUCUCCCGGGCUUGGGGCUCAGUCACCCCACAGGCUUGGCACAGGGGUGCAGCUGGGGACACUGGCUGAGGCCAUCGAGUCAGGGAGCCCAGAAGUAGGGCCCAGGGGGGCCCAGGACGAUGGCAGUAUUGUGUGUUUAUACAGAUGUACAUGUGCUUCUGUUUUGGGAAUCAGGAGUUUCUGAAAGAUUAGAAUUAAAUUGCCACUGCUCGGCAUGGUGGUGCAGGCCUAUAGUCCCAGCACUCAGGAGGCUGAGGCAGGAGGAUCGCUGUGAGUU